UUUCAGGGUCGUUAUUUCACAUCAUUUAAAGUUCCAGAUGUCUACGGGGUUUUCCAAUUCAAAGUUGAGUACCAAAGACUUGGAUAUACAAGCUUAUCUCUAUCAAAGCAGAUUCCUGUCCGUCCCUUCAGACACAAUGAAUACGAAAGAUUUAUACCGGCAGCUUAUCCCUAUUAUGGAGCAGCAUUUUCAAUGAUGGCAGGUUUCUUCGUCUUCACUGUUGUCCAUCUUUACAGCAAGCCGACGUAAACCUUUUUUCAUCAAGUUAUUACAUCCUUAUUAAUGUCAAACCUAACUUGUGAGAUUGAAAAUUUUGAGUAGGCCAUGGUAUGAGCAGAUGCUUUAUAUCUAUUGUAGAUGCAUUACUGUUUCCUUAGUUUGGUCAUAUCAGCUAGCAAGUGAACUAUUUCUGUUUUAUUACAAGCAUUACCAUUUAACAUAUCUCAAUAUAUCUGAAAAACACGAUUAGCUUCCA